CACUAUCUCUCCGCUCUACGACGCCUCUGCUCCGUGGCUUGGACCGCCGAGACCCGACCACUGCCAUCUGGUGGGGCUUAUGUUGAAGUCUGAUUCAGUUGUGACGACGACUGAGUGGAAGGUUGACUUGGUUAUCUUAAAACGCAGCGGAGAUUAGUGACUGUGAGUGGAGGAUAUAAAUCGUGUGGUAUGAGAAAAGUGGUGGUGUUUGGUGGUAUGCUACUGAAGACCGAGCGCUGUGCCUGAGGAAAAAGGACUUACAAAGACUGCGUCCUAACUGAACUGCAAAGCACUCCAAAGUGAAUCACUGGCGAGAUCCAGAAGUGUUGUCCUCGUCUGUGAUUAAACUGUCAGAUCAGCCCAACAGCUUUGCCGAAGCACUUCAUUCGGAUUUUUCCUUCCCUGCCACUCUGCACAAGAAUCGAGAGGACUAGGUAGACGUAAGUCGCCUCCAUUCGCUACUGCCGAUCUCCCGCCGACGCUUAUCGCCAUCGACGUCUGUCGUCAUCUUCUGUCAUCAUCGCCCGUCGUCAUGGCCGUGCCGCGUCUCUCAAUGAACGACAGCGACCUGUACCAGCGGAGACAGCACCACCAUCCUCAGCCGCCUCUGCCACCCGUUCCCACCAAAAUCACCGACCCAGACGACGAGAUAGGUGACUACGCUCACGUGGAGCCUCCUCAACAUACCGUCACCACCACCCGGUUCAGCGACUACAGCCGCACGGCGGGCCUGCCGCCUGCGGGGCCGCGAUCAUCCGCCUCUGCAGCAGCCAGGAAGAAAACCAUGCCGCUGGGGGAGGCUGUCUGCAAACGGUGCGAGCUCGGCUUCGAGCCCACCGAGCAGAUCGUCAACUCGGCCGGCGAGCUGUGGCACCCGGACUGUUUCGUGUGCGCCCAGUGCUUCCAGCCCUUCCCCGAGGGCAUAUUCUACGAGUUCGAGGGCCGCAAGUACUGCGAGCAUGACUUCCAGGUGCUCUUUGCGCCCUGCUGCCAGCAGUGCAACGAAUUUAUCAUCGGCCGCGUCAUCAAGGCCAUGAACGGUAGCUGGCACCCGGCCUGUUUCCGUUGCAACAUGUGCGGCAAGGAGCUGGCCGACCUGGGCUUCAUCAAGCACGGCAACCAGGCUCUGUGCCACGACUGCAACGCCCGCAUCCGACUGCAGGGCACCGGCAGAUACAUGUGCCACAAGUGCCACGGCGUGAUCGACGGCGAGCCCCUGCGGUUCCGUGGUGAGCUCUACCACCCGUACCACUUCAACUGUAAGGCGUGCGGCAUCGAGCUGGACUCGCGUGCCAGGGAGGUCAAGUCGCGCGCCGGGUACACCUCGGUCGAGCUGAACGAGCUGUACUGUUUGCGCUGCCACGACAAGAUGGGUAUCCCCAUCUGCGGCGCCUGCCACCGUCCCAUUGAGGAGCGCGUCGUCACCGCACUUGGGAAGAACUGGCACGUCGAGCAUUUCGUUUGCGCCAAGUGUGAGAAGCCGUUCCUGGGGCACCGCCACUACGAGAAGAAGGGCCAGGCCUACUGCCGUACCGACUACCACAUGCUCUUCGGCAACAUCUGCUUCGUCUGCAACUACGUCGUUGAGGACGAAGUUGUCCGCUCGCUGAACAAGGCCUGGUGCCCGCACCACUUUGCCUGUAGCCUGUGCGACCAGCCGCUGACGCGGAAGUCCAAGUUCUUCGAGAUGGACAUGAAACCGGUGUGCAAGAAGUGUUACGAGAAGCUGCCGCACGAGCUGCGCCGCCGCCUGAAGCGGCUCCAUGAGAACGAGGCGCCGGGAAUGGUCACCGCUGAGUUCACCGAGAACGAGUAAGAGAGAUGAGCCUGGGGGCGGAGUAGCGGGACGACCCGAGUCCCAGGCGACCAUCGCUGGGUUCCAGUAGACCAUCGCUGGACGGCGUAGAACACCCCACCGGCUACCAACGGCUGCUCCGGCUAGCCGUGUACUGCACUGGCUUCUGGUGUACUGCACUGGUCGCUGGUGUACUGCACUGGAUACUGGUGCAUUGCACUGGUCACCGGCCCACCGCACUGGAUACUGGUGCACUGCACUGGCUGUUCAUGCAUGCACUAGCUACUGGUGCACUGUGCUGGCUACUGGUGUACUGCACUGGUUACUGGCGCACUGCACUAGCUACUGGUUACUGGCGCACUGCACUGCCUACCCGUGUACCGCACCGCUCGCCGUUGCGCUGCACUGGUCUUCCGCACUCCCUGCCGACUGUCUCGGCGCCCUCUGCUGGCGGUGCCUUCUCUCCAAACCGACAGAGUUCAGCGAGACAGCGGUACCUACCCACCGCCUCCAGAUAAAUCCCAGACAGACGCUCACUAGAACUGCCACUACCGACUCUGAAAAUAGGCCUAGAAAGCCUUGCUUGACUUUUUUCGUUUGUAUUUACUCUUCAUCUCAUUACGCAGUUGUGUUUCUACGUAAUUGACUCAUUCAAACCGCGAAAAAGGUGCUUUUAGAACGAACACGCAGGCUUUCUUAUCUACGAAUCCACGGGGAUGUGGCUAUAAAAACGUAACUUAAUCGCAUGAGUUUAAUGUGGUUUUACUGAAACUCGAGUCACUUACGUUGCCAGUGUUUGUGUUGAAACUGACUGUAUAUUUAAGGUAGAAUCCUGAUCGGUAUUAGUCGUUGAUAGAGCGAGAUCAGGCUAGCUCGCUACCAUCCUUAGUGCACUAGCAUAUUCACAACGCAUGCGCAUCUGCGAUUCUAUACAUCCCGCCAGUGGCCUUUCACUGGUAUGUGUGCUUGUGCGUCUGACCAAAGGAGCUUUUAGAUGUUCUUACCUCGGAGAUUAGCUGAUAGUGAACUGACACCCAGCGCGGCUGUUGCGUGCCUUAGGUGGUCGAAUGUGCGAGAGGUUCUUUACAAGGCCGUACGAGGAUUCUAUCACUCGUUUAUGACGGAGUUUACAGUCCGUCAUCGGCUGGGAGCUGAAAAAGUGUGCGCCGUUCGUCACCAUCCGAUAACUGGUGUUUGAUAUCAAUAUAAUUAUUUGCUAACACA